AUGGCGGACUCAAGCUCGGACGAAGAAACCAAAAAUCUCUCUAAAAAAGAACUUCAGGUAAUUUGCUGAAAAAAAUUGAAGCCUUCAGAAUUCCAGGAAUUGAAAUGGAAACGUGAAAAAAACAAAAAGAAAAAACUAUCGAAAAAGAGAGCCAAAGCUGCUGUUAAAACAGAAGAAACGGAGGACAUUAAAGACGUUAAAAAAGAAGAGCUCAACGGAUCCAUUAAAGAGGUUUUUUUAAGAGAAGAAUUUUCGAAAGUUCGAUUUUUGUCUUCAGAAUGGUGUUGUCCUUGAUGAUGCGGAUUUGGAAGUUGAGAUUGAGUACGUUGGCGAAGCUCCGGAAAUCGAUGAGAACAGUCCAAAUUUCAAAUAUUUCGCCAAUAUUUUUGACAAUUUUAAGGUGUUUUAACUAUUUUUUCCUAUUUUGGAACGAUUUUUCUUCUUAGAUUUCUACAGAUCCCGAUGACAUGAUCAAUAACCAAAUGCCGGUUCAUCGAGGUGAUAAGUUCAAAGAAGAUUAUGGAAGCCGGUCGGGGAACGCCGAGAAAAUCCUUCAAGACGAAAUGCAGGUUUCUAGUUGAUCAUAUUUAGAAUUUCAUGUAUAAUCGGAAAUUUCAGGAGCGACGAAAUGAAGACGGUGAUGACAAAAUGUCGCGACGAAAACUGCGUCUUGCUUUGCAGCCCAGCGUUGCUAAGCUGAAGGAGGUUUAGAUUUUAUUUUUCUUUUUUUUUUGCUACGGGUUGUUAAUAGCACUUUAGUCUAUUUGAUGGAUUUUUCGAGACGUAGACCUAUUUUCAAUGUUAUUUUGGGUGAUGUUUUGUCAUUUAUUUUUUAAAGUUUGUUUUCAGUCGACCCCUCGUCCUGAUGUAGUAGAAUGGGCUGACGUCACGUCUCGCGAUCCAUUUCUCUUGGUUGCUUUGAAAGCCUACCGCAAUACGGUCGGCGUUCCACGACAUUGGAAUGCCAAGAGAAAGUAAAAGAUCAAUUAAAGCUAAAUAUAAUCCUCAUUUUUCAGGUACUUGGCAGGUAAACGAGGUUUCGAAAGGCCUCCAUUUGAACUGCCCGAUUUCAUCAAGCGUACCGGUAUCCAAGACAUGCGAGAAGCUCUUUGGGAAAAGGUUACUAGAGAAAAUCCAUAAGGAAAGAUUCUUUGAUUCUCAGGAAGAUCAUCAAAGCUUGAAAUCGAAGAUGCGAGAAAGAACUCGGCCAAAACUUGGAAAGAUCGACAUCGACUAUCAAAAGUUGCACGACGCCUUCUUCAAAUGGCAGACAAAGCCGUUGAUGACCAAAAUGGGCGAACUGUACUACGAAGGAAAAGUUGGAGAAAUUCUCAAUGUUUUGUUCAAUAUUCAUGAAUACAAGGAAAUGGAGGCGAUGAUGAGGGACAAAAAACCUGGAGAAUUGUCCGACGAGUUGAGAAUCGCACUGGGGAUGCCCAUCGGAGCGGUGAGUUAAUAUUUUAAUGAAAUAUGUUUAGUUGAAAAAAACAACCUUUUUGUUACAAGAAUUUUGUCAUCAAAAAAAUCCUCAAAAAAAUUUUUUUGCGGUAUUUUUCCAUGAAAUAGCGACAGUAAAAAAAUAAAAAAAUAACUUGAACGGAAAAACCCCCAGAUUUGGUUUUAAAAUAAAAACCUUUGGUUUUUCAGAACGCGUUCAAGUUCCCGCCACCAUGGCUAAUCGCAAUGCAGCGAUAUGGACCUCCGCCAAGCUAUCCGAACAUCAAGAUUCCUGGUCUGAACGCCCCGAUUCCGGAGAACUGCGCGUUCGGCUACCAUGCUGGUGGCUGGGGAAAGCCUCCGGUAGACGAGUACGGCCAGCCACUUUAUGGAGACGUCUUCGGAUUGCAGGUUUUGACUGUUUCAGAUGGAAAUAGUAGUUUGAUUGCAGCCUCCUGCCAUUGAGCCUGAGGACGAGUCGCGAAUCGACAGAAGAUAUUGGGGAGAAAUCGGAUCUGACGAGAGCGGUGACGAGGAGGAAAGCGACGUCGAUGACGAUGAAGUCGACGAGCAGGGUAAUUUCAAUUUUGCGGGAAUUUGAGCAGGGAAUUUUCUAUCAAAUAGGUUCAACUAUAUCGAUUUUCGAAGAAUGGUAACAUUCAGACAGAUCAGGCGUAAUGAAUUUUACAAAAACUUCAAAUUUCAAUUUUUAUAAUAAGUAUUUACAAUUGAAUUAUGAACGUAAAUUUGCUCGUAAUAAAAAUUAAUUUGCUCAAAUUUUCAAUACAAAAUGCGAUCUUCUAGAUGGGAAAAGUUUUUUAUGCUUUGUGAUAGAAAAAUUCUUUAGAAAGUCAUAAAUGUGCUCAAAAUUUGAGAUGGCUGUGUAAAUGUAUUUUUUUUAUGUGUUACUCGAUUUUAACGUGUGCAUUUCCAGAAGGAACUCAAACUCCUGCACCGGUCGAGGGCAUGAUCACUCCGUCGGGCAUCACAACUGGCGUCACUGGGCUCGAAACUCCUGAUACAAUCGAACUGCGCAAAGGAAAACGCACUGAAGAGAGGUCAGACCCUAAUUAUUAUAAUGAAAGCAAACUUGGGCUAGAUGGGAUAUGAUUCCGCGGCAGACGAAAUACGGACUCUCAACCGCAGUUUCUGAAUUUUUUUUUUGCUUGCAAAAGAUGGGGGUGGGAUUCAGCCCAAAAAUUAAUAGAAAACCUCUUUUACUCUGAAAGAUUACAAGAUUUCAUCUCAGUUCUCGAUUUGGUUUGCAAACUAUUCUUAUUCUAGUACAUUAGUAUUUUACUCAUUCUCGAUUAAACUGAAAAUGUAGGAAAUCUGACAAAGUUUCGUCUUCUGUCCAUUUUUCGUCUUUGCAAUGUUUUCUUCUUGCAGUAGCUUGCACGGAGUUGACACUCCGGCGGCCGCCUACCACAUCAUUCCGGAGAAACGAAACGAUCGCAUCGGUAGCCAACUCAUGGCUUCCACUCAUACCUACGACUUGUCGGUCAGUUUAAGGGGGAUUAAGUUGUAAAAUUAUCAUUGAACAAUAGAAAUCGUGAAGAAAAGUCACAUUUAAUAUGGUAAAGUCGAUAGAAAUGACAUAGUCCAAAAGAACAAAGAAAUUUUGGGAGUUUUUCACCUUCUUCAAGAUUUUUGCGUGAGGGAAACAUGUUGCAAGUUGUCAAUAUCAAACAAAAUUUUCACAGAAAGAGAAGAAUAUGAACAAUUUUCAGAUUCACUAGUCAGAGAAGCGAAAAUUGAAAUAUGUUAUCGUUUUAGAAGAAGCAAGCUGUACGCGAAGACGGCGUCGAAAUUUCUCUGGAUCCGGAUGCGAUCGACUUGGACGAAGGAAAGAUCGCCGAGAAGUACGAGGAAGAGCAACUGCGAAAAUCGAAAAGGACUGAGGACGACACGGAAGAUCUCACCGACAUGGUCGCCGAGCACGCUGCCCGUCAAAAUGUUCGUUUCAAUUGCUUCUGGAAGUACUUUCAUAGGGAAAAGCAAUACGUUUAACGAAAUAGUUGAGAGAAUAUGUCCAAUUCAAGAUGAAUAAGUUUUAUUAUCUUUCAGAGAAAGCGAAAAGCUCAAGAAGAAAAAAAGAGCAAGCAGGCGUCGAGCAGCAGUGCCAGCGGCAAGAAAUACAAGGACUUCAAGUUUUGA